GGAAGUGAACAGCAUGCAUGCAAGGAACUUUUAGUUUUCCCUUUAAGUAUCCCGAACAAUCACACAGCACAGUUAGGUUGCUGUCGAUGGUUGUGGUGUAAAGCAUCUUCUAAAUAACCGUUCAGGUUUCAUGUUUGUCCAUUGUUGGAUCAUUUCCAAGUUGUAUUGACAGCUGAUCAACAUGGAGCCAGAUAUCAAUCUCGACGAUGUUGAUUAUGAGCUGUCACGGAAGGAGUUUGAAGAAUUGCUUGGUGGUCGUCACAUCAAUAACCUGAAGCUGACCGAUGCAAUGACGAUGGCAAAGAUGAUGGAUGUGAAAGGAUUCAAACAGGCCACAACUCUUGCUCAAGUCCAGAUGUGUCUCAAGCUUCAUCUCCUCAAAGUUAAUAAGAUGGAAAAACGAGGCCAUGAGCCACUAAAAGUGUUCAAAAGGCUGAAGAAACAUUAUCAAAAAAGCUGUGAAAAACUGACAGAAAUCUUCGAGGAGUGCAUCCAACAACUGGCCAAGGUGGCAGACGAUGAUCCCUUGAUUGGUGACCUUGAGAAGAGUAUUCCAGGCUUCAAGUUUCCAGACACGCUACGGGAGCAUGUAGAGAAAUUACUCAAUCCAGAGUGCAAGAUCUUAGUGACAGGUGAGCUUUGCGCCGGGAAAACAUCGGUUGUGAACACCCUUCUCGAGGAAAAGGUCCUUCCAGCUAACUUCCUAAGCAACACCUUGACGUUAUGUGAGCUAAAAUAUGGUGAAUGGCGUGGGGCCAGGGUGCAUCCAUGGAAACCUGAAGAACCUCUCAUAUAUGUGACAGAUAAUGAUGAUUUUCUGAGGGAUCUUGCAAAAAGGAAUGAAUUAGACUAUGUCCCUGAAUGGUUCGACCAGGGGUUGAGUUCCGAGGGUAGCUCAGAAGCCAAAGCCGCUGUAGGUUGCCAAACACCUAGCGAUGACUCGAUCAGCGAUAAGUUUGAGAUUGUCCUGCCUAAAGAGACUGGGCCACGCCCAUUCAUUGACAAGGUGGAGGCAGAUAAGUUUCUCCAGACCACGGCGAAAUAUAUUGAAGAGAAAGAUACUCGAGACAAAAGCAACAACAAAAGGGGGCGCUACAAGACGGUGGAAGUGUUUCUUCCCAAUGAGCUUCUCAAGGAUGGCUUGACAAUCAUUGACAGCCCGGGCAUCGGAGACAGUCCACGGCUUACUGACAUUGUGAUAGAGAAUCUUGUGAGUGCAUUUGGCUUCAUCUACGUGAUCAACAGCAAUGCCAGAGGAGGCGUCCAGGAGGAUCGGCUCCAAGCUCUGCUCAAGAAAGUCCGCACCUUGGAAUCAAUUGACAACCAGAAACUUUUCAGUCAAGAAUCGGCCAUAUUUGUUUGCAACCAAUGGGAUAAGAUUCCCGUAACCGAGCACGAACGUCUGCUUGCAGACACUGAGAAGAAGCUGGCCAAGUGUUGGAGCGGUCUUCAGCCUGAUCAGAUCAUUCCGUUCAGUGCCAAGGAAGCGGGAGAGAUAUACGACGAAGGUUACAUGACCUUGGAGUAUAAGAAUCUUCUUGAUGGCAUCGAAGAUCUCAUCCCUGUGGGUCUGGAGAACAAGAUAUUCAUGUCUUUCAAGUACCUGGCAGCGCUGUUGCAGAGGCUGCUCCGCCAGCUCGAUGGCUACCUGAACCAUCUCCAGUCAUCCGAGGAAGACAGGAAGAAACAAUUCAGUGAACUUCACAAGCGACUCAAAUACCUAAAGAACCUCUCCAAGAAACAGUUCAAAGAACUUAAGAAAGAUGUUGACGCCAAGUUAAAAGAUGUCCACUUGCAGCUCCAGAAACAUUUAUUGGAGGAAAAUACAAUGAAAAGUUUGUGCCAAUGGAGCAUGGAAGAAGCUCCGGGGAAGGUUUAUAACUUUGACGAGGUCUACAUGCACAUUCAGAAAAAGAUGACGGAGAGAAUUACAAUGGAGAUACAGAGAUGGGAGGAGGAUCAUCAGUUCUUUGAAAAAGUACCUGAUGCCAUCAGUGACAAAUUCCGAGGUUUUUUUGGGCAAGUUGAAAAGGAAAUGGAGGAGAUCCAAGACAAAAUCACCAACGUAAAGAUCGAGGUGAAAAACACCGAGGCAUGGAAAAAGAGGGACAAAUUAGACUUGAGUCCUCUGCUCAUGUAUGAGAAGUUUCACAAAGCUGUAAAAAAUCCUGCGAAGGCAGUGGCAGCAUCAUUCUUGCUACCCAUUGUGGUGCCCAUUGCUGUUGUUGCAGCCAUUCCAGCCCUUGUCGCCUUUGGUGCCAUGGCUGCCAAGACGAUGCUGACAGACAACCAGAAACAGAAUUAUUUGAGUGAAUAUUCCAACCCCAAAACCUGUCAGGCAUGUUUGCGUCAACAUUCGGGUAAAUUCCUUCAGUUCUAUUGCAAAAGUACAGAACAUCUCUAUAGUCAGUUACAAGAGAUGAUGAAACCUGCAUACGACAUUGUGGAUGACCUUCAGAAGUUCAUCCCGCAACUGAUAGAGAGCGAUAACCAGCAGGUCAUCUCGCUCAUGAAUGACAAACGCCAAGCUGGAGAAGUGUUGAAAUUCUACCCAGGAUACCGAGCGCUGAUGAGUGAAUUUCGCAAACGUCUGCACCACUUCCAAGUUCAUCACAUGAAGAGAAACAGCCGUGACAUCAUCGUUCAUAACUUCAUCGACACCAAGGUCAUCGACGACCAAGCUAUAUGCUCCGGAUGGUUCACGACACUUCAUCGUGCACAGCUGACGACUCGCAAAGGGCGUCGCAGCCUAACACACAGCAUCUCUUUAAGAUGCAUCAAGAGAAAAGUGCAUGAGAAAGAUAUCGGUGAUUACCUGGUGGAGGAAGAAUGCUGGUCAUUAAAGCCAGAGAGGGAAAAGAACAUUGCCAAAUUCAUCGGCCUGACAGUCGAGGACACCGAGAUCAUCUACCACAUCCUUGAACCGAUGACGGGGAACCUCCGAUCACGAAUGAGGUCAGGAUCACUUGGAGGCAAUCCACAAACAGACGAAGCAAAGAAAACGCUCAUUAAUAAUGUUGCCUGCCAGAUUGCGCAAGGGUUGGAAUACCUCCACAGCAAACACAUAGUUCACUUUGAUUUGACUCUUGACACAGUCGCAUACAAAAUGGAAGGAAACACCAUGGUUGUAAAGCUGACCAACAUGAGCAUCCCAAAGCAAGUCCCCGUUGACCCAGAGAUGACCAAGGAAGAACUGAUGCAGUAUCGCUACUUACCGUGGGAUGUUUUGAAUGGGGGCGUGUACACCAAGGAGAGUGACAUGUACAGCUUUGGUCUCAUGCUGUGGGAAAUGGUGACAACCCAGGAAGCAUUUGCAGCAGAAUUUGAUGACAGGCCCAUCAAUUCCUUGGAGAGUUUGAUGAACUGCAUCGAAUAUGGCCGGCCGAGGGUGAACUUUUCUCUCUCAGUGGUCGAUGCACCUACAUCUGAAUUCGAUCAGACAUGGGAGUCUUUGAUGUGCAGUCUUUGGGAUAAUAAGCCGAGCGAGCGUCUGACUGCACAGAAGUUCCUCCGCAAUCUGAAUGACCCUAGCACCCCCAAGGUCCUGCCGAUAUUUGCAGAUCACUUCAGUGCAUGAACAUAGGAGAUAUUGGCAGGAGACAGAGAAAACAAGACAAAGAUAAAGUGAACAUUUUUCAGAAAAUCAAAAGGUCUUUCUAACAAUACUAUGUUGAUGUACUUAAGCCGGUUCAGGGCUGCUUAUGUACUAUGUACCUUUGUAAUUGGCAUAAUGUGUAAAAGACAUGUGUCGACCAGCUAGAGCGCCUCAACAGUAUAGUCACAGUGAGUUAUUAUUAGAAGAGUGAGUAGAUGGAACUGCACUGCUUUUGAUUACUGUUCCAAUUCUUUACUGUUCCAAUUCAAAAUUGUUAUUUUUCAUGAACAUUAUAUAUAACUGUAUGUCAAUAUUGUCGUAAUUUCUUCAUAGAACAUUGAGGUGAAUAUUUUGUUAAAGGAUCAAUCUUUUGAAAAAAAAUUUAAUUGUCAUUAUUAGGGAAUAUUUAUCCUUGCAAAUUGUUUAGCCAUACACUGCUGAGAAGACAUGAGUGAGCCUGAUUGAAUUGUUGAUAAUCCUAACAGGUAUGUUGUCAUAUUGGAUGUUAAUUGGGCAAAUCAUUUCACUUACAUGAUAUGCUCCACCAAUGAGAAUGUUACACCAGUCGAGUUUGAUUACUAUAAAGAUACCAAUAAAUCAUAUUUUGUGAUCAGAAAUUUUCCUUUCAAGUUUAAUAAGUUGUCAUAUACAGUAGUUCUGUGAAAUAACACAUUGUUGAUUACCAGACAGUUGGUGACCAGUGUCAUCCUUCAAAUACCUCUGGCAAGUGCCACCUGGAUCUGGACUCCCAGGGCAGUACAUUGCGUCAUUCUCAUUGUAUCUCCUCAUGGUGAGGGACAAGACCGGUCCACUGCGUCUGGAGUGUAGUGCCACCAGGAUGUCCUCCCACCUAGCAAGGUGGUGACAGUUGUGUUGAUUGAGGAGGAGCUCCAGAUGUGAUGAUUGCUGGAUCUGGAUAGGCGGUCGCGAAUGAAGACAUGUUGUCCUGGAGGAUGUGCAUGUGUGUUAAUGUCAACACCUGUAUUACAAACCUGUUGGAACAUCAGGUUCUAACAAUCCAACAAUUUUGUAACAGGAGUAGAUCACUGGAGGUAGAUGUCCGCAUAUUGUAACUGGCUGCGGAUAGCUAAGGAGACAAUUCCUUAUAUCACCAGACAGUAAC